AUGUCAGCAGAUCCCUGCUGUAGACAUGGCUAUGCACUUCCAGCAGAAAACCCUCGCCUCAUUCGCGACAUUGCUAUUUCGAGGCUGAGUAACUUUACGAGCAAUGGAAAGUUCAGCGAUGUAAACUUAUCUUCGCAAUUGUAUAAGCACAAAUCAAAGAAAGGGUAUCUCGUAAAGUUACAAGUCUAUUCGGUACCCAACUUGAAGAGAAUCCCAUUCAAAGAGGCUAUUAAAGGUGACUUUAGGCCUACCAAAGUGGGAGAGACCUUUGGACCCAGUUGGUCAACGCAUUGGUUUCAUAUUAAUGUUCACGUGCCAGUCGACUGGGUCGAUGAAGAGGUGCAAUUUCUGUGGGAUGCAGAUUCUGAAGCAUUGGUAUGGAGUGUGGACGGUGUUCCUCUUCAAGGGCUGACCGGUGGAGACGGGAAUGAUCGACGACAUGAAUACAUUCUUACGCGUUCAUCCAAAGGCGGAGAUAUUUUCGAGUUUUACAUUGAGAUGGCCUGUAACGGGAUGUUUGGUACCGGUAAAGGCGACUCGAUCAAUCCACCCGAUCCAAAUAGAACAUAUACACUACGUAAAGCCAAACUUGCCGUGCCAAAUAAGCUCGCGUGGAAAUUGUUAUAUGACUUUCAGAUAAUCAAAGAUACUGCUCAGAAUCUGCGGAGUGAUGAAGUUAGAUCCGUGCAGGCUUUAUAUACCGCAAAUGCGAUUGUAGAUAUUUUUAGAGCCGGUAGAAACGGAAGUUUGAUCGAGGGACACAGACUCGCUCGGGAAUUUUUUGAGCAUAAAAAUGGAGGAGCGCAACAUCGGUUGACUGCUGUUGGGCAUUGUCAUAUCGAUACCGCGUGGCUCUGGACGUUCGACGAGACAAAGCGUAAAGUUGCUCGUAGUUGGUCAACACAGAUAGGUCUCAUGGAAUUAUACCCGGAGUACAAAUUUGUAUGCUCGCAAGCACAACAAUUCGAAUGGCUCAAGCAAGAUUAUCCGAAACUCUUCGAAAAAGUUCAGGAGAAAGCAGCCACUAACCAAUUCUUACCUAUUGGUGGGACUUGGGUUGAAAUGGAUUGUAACAUUCCAAGUGGAGAAUCGCUUUGUCGGCAGUUUUUAUUUGGUCAGCGCUUUUUUGAAAAAAACUUUGGCAAACGUUGCAAAGUGUUUUGGCUUCCUGAUACUUUUGGAUACUCUGCUCAAUUGCCACAAAUUAUCAAACUCGCCGAUUGCAAGUAUUUCUUCACUCAGAAAUUAUCAUGGAAUAAUAUCAAUAAGUUUCCAAAUACUACCUUUUAUUGGGUCGGCUUGGAUGGCAGCAAAGUUUUAACGCAUAUGUGUCCGAGUGAGACGUACGUAGCCCAGUGUACAGUCGAGGAACUGGUUAAUAGCGUUCGUAACCAUCGAGACUUGGGAUACAGUAACGAGAGUUUACUUGUAUUUGGAAAUGGUGACGGUGGAGGAGGACCAAAUGCUGCUAUGAUCGAGAGAUUGCGACGAUUAAAAGAUAUUGAUGGUGUGCCGAGAGUCGAGAUGGGAUCGGCGGACGAGUUUUAUGAACGCGUAGAGAGAGAGUCAAAAAAAUUAAACGUUUGGAAAGGAGAAUUGUACUUUGAAUUACAUCGCGGAACAUAUACUUCCCACGGUCUAAUUAAGCGUUAUAAUCGUAAAUGCGAGCUUCUUUUGCGUGAUGUUGAGCUGUUGACCACGCUAACUUAUUUUAUGGAACAAACUCUAUACAGAACUCAAUUCCACGACGUUCUACCGGGGUCGUCCAUUGGAAUGGUUUAUGAUGAUGCUUACAAGAUGCUUGAUGAAGUCCAAAAAACAUGCGAACGUCUUCGAAAUCAAGCCCUUGAUGCUCUAUUUAAAUUGCCCGCACUGGAAGAAACUCGUGAGAAAGGACUUGCUAUAUUCAAUACGCUUCCGUGGAAGCGAACGGAGGUUGUGAAAGUGCCAGUAAGUGAUGGGCUGGACGUAUUGCAACAAUAUUCUGCAGAUAAGGCGUCGGGAUAUGUACUUGUGAAAGAUACGGUUAGUGUCGGAUUACAAAAAGUCGAAAUUCAGCGACAUGAUGAUGUCAAGCCCGCGACAGUAAAAUUUGAUAAACACCGUGGAUUUAUUCUCGAGAAUGCAUUUGUGAAAGCAGUAUUUGACAGCCACGGGAGACUUAUCAGUUUGGUUGACCUGGAGAAAAGUCGUGAGAUUAUUCCUGAUGAUGCACAGGGGAACAAAUUUAUUAUCUAUGAAGAUAUUCCAUUAUAUUGGGAUGCUUGGGAUGUGGAAAUAUAUCACCUUGGGACAGGACGUGAAGCAAACCUUGGAACAAUUAAGAUACACGAAGACGGACCUUUACGCGCAUCCCUUCUUCUCGAAACUAAACUCACAAAGACCAGUAGUUUGUCUCAAGUCAUUGCUCUCACUGCAGUCUCAACUAGGCUUGAUUUUGAAACUGAAGUUGAUUGGAAUGAAAAUCGAAAAUUCCUGAAAGUUGAAUUUCCUGUGGAUAUCAUGUGCGACUAUGCCACGUAUGAGUCCCAAUUUGGCUAUAUCCAGCGACCGACUCAUUACAACACUACAUGGGACACUGCAAAGUUUGAAGUCUGCGGACAUAAAUUUGCUGACUUUUCAGAAUAUGGUUAUGGUGUUGCCCUCUUAAACGACUGUAAAUACGGUUAUGCAGUUCAUCAAAAUGUAAUGAGAUUGUCACUGUUAAGAUCUCCAAAGGCACCUGACGACCAAUGUGAUAUAGGCCAUCAUACGUUCAAAUAUGCACUCCUACCUCAUCAAGGGUCUUUCCUUGAAUCAAACGUCAUACACGAAGCAUUUGAAUUAAACGUGCCACUAAUUGUCAGGACUUUAUCAAAGAAUAGGACAAAUAUCUUGGAAUCACUGUCAUAUUUCACAGUCGAUGCUCCAAACGUCAUUCUGGAAACUGUUAAGCAAGCUGAGGAUUCUGACGAUGUGAUAUUAAGAUUAUAUGAAGCGUACGGUGGCCAUGCCAGAGUUCAUCUGAAGAGUGCUUUACCUGUGCGUGCUGCUUACAUGACAAACAUCUUGGAAGAUAAUCUUGUGAAAUAUGAUUAUAAUCAGGACGAUGGAAUCCAAUUGAAAUUUGGUCCAUUCCAAGUGAUUACCCUGAAACUGACAAUGAGGUGA